AUGUUACAAGCAACCUUGUGUGAAGUUCAAACUACCCACCAGCAUGACCUAAUUGUCCUGGGUGGUGACUUCAACGCUCGAGUUGGCGUUCAAGGUGCCGUUCACGAAGACAUUGUUUCCGGUAGCUCCUUACUCUCUUAUCACUCCUCCUUGGACACUAUCUCCUCUCCCAGAGGUUCUCUAAUAACUGACUUUUGCGAAACCAAUGGCUUCAUCCUGCUAAAUGGUAGAUUACCUGGGGACUCGCCUGCACAAUAUACCUACUGUUCAUCUCAAGGCAAAUCCGUAAUUGAUCUUAUCUGGACUAACCUCCUCGGUAUAUCAUACAUGUCUGAUAUACAAGUCAUCUCCACUCCCACAACUUCCGAUCAUUUUCCUGUCCUCCUCUCAUUGGUGUUUCCCAGUCUUGUUCCUCAUGCAGAACCCCCCUCUGAUAGCUAUAUUCCCUCUGACAAAUUGUUCUGGAAACAAAAUCUCCAGCCUAAAUAUCUCCACGACAUGUUAUGGUCUCGACACUUAGAAGUUUCUUUUGACACUGACUCCUCGGACCUUCUCAGCUCAAACCUUACGGAAACAAUUUACUCCACUGCCAAAGCACUUGGUAUGUCAAAAACACAACCCACCAACAUCCAGAAUAGAUUAAACAAACCGUGGUUUGACAGAGACUGCGCUACUAUUAAGAACCAUCUGAAGCUAGCAUUAAAAGCAACUAAAGCGGCAGGUUUUUCUCAACCCAGUUUAUCAAAUUACCUGAACCUCAAAAAAUCUUACAAGACUCUCCUAAAAUCCAAAUCCUUUUCAUACAAGCUCCAAAUCGUUCAGCGCUUCUCUGACACUAAUAACAGCAUUCAGUUUUGGCGUACUUUUAACAACUUCAGAAGACAAUCACAUCCACCUCCUCUGCCUCUUGCAACUUGGAAUGAAUUUUACAAAGACAUCUACCUCCCGAGACUUUUGGAUAACUGUUUAUUCUUUGGUAUGCUUGACCCGGUUUUGGAUGCCGAGUUUACAUUUGAGGAGAUAACUAAGAGCAUUUCCUCCCUCAAAGAUGGCAAGGCCCCCGGUAUGGAUUCAAUCACUACUGAAUUCUACAAAAAUCUGCCUAACAACUGGCUUCUCUAUAUUCAGUCACUAUUUAACAAAAUCUUGGACACCGAGCAAGUCCCUGAUGACUGGGCAUGUGUUGCCAUGUUCAUGUUGCAUAAAAAAGGUGACAGAUCUGAUCUGAAUAACUAUCGAGGACUUGCUAUGGUCAAUGUUAUUACCAAAAUUUUUACUUCAGCAUUAAAAAACAGGUUGAUACAGUGGAUUGAUCAUACUGGGGUCUUGCCGGACGAACAAGCGGGUUUUACCGCAAAUAAAAGCUGUGAUGAUAAUAUCUUUGCUCUUCUAUCGGCUAUACAACUGAAACUGUCUAACAAGAGCGGCCGACUGUACGGUCUUUUUGUAGACUUCAAAAGAGCCUUCGACUCCGUGCCUCACGGCAGCCUCUGGAGAAAGCUUCUUGCCAAUAAUCGAAGCAAUAGUCUCACUGAUCUCUGUAUGCUACUAUAUGCUGACGAUUUGGUUUUACUUGCUAAUACGACAUUCGAUUUAAAGAGAAAGCUUACUGUACUUAGAGAUUACUGUUCUAGCAACUCCCUCUCUGUUAACUUAGAGAAAAUUAAAUGUGUCCAUUUCAGAAGGGGUGGUCCGAGGGAAAGGUCGAACCUCCUUUAUAGAGAUAACUCUGUGGACUGGUCGGAGGAAUAUGUGUACCUGGGUGUUCCCUUCACGGGCUCUUCGUUGGGCUUGACAGCAGCUAGGGUAGCGGCGCAGAGAGCUCGAACAGCCUCUGGAGCUGCUAUCUCUGCGCUGGCAAGUAUUCGCGCUGAGUCUUGGGAGGCACACUCAGAAUAUAUGACAGUAUUGUAG